AAAACGAAUAUAUAUAUAUACAACCAUAGUAAUUAACGCUCAGAAAAUGAAAUCUCAACUUAAACUUACAAAGUCAAUGUUAAGGAGAUUAAUACAUGGAAAAAACAAUAUAAAUCGUCUUAUUUAUAAUGGUUCAUCUAAAAACUAUGCAUCAAUCUCUGGAUUUAUCCCGAAAACUGAAACAACGACGCUUUCUAAUGGGUUUACUGUCGCAACAGAGUCAUUUCCUUAUGCAAAGACAGCUACAGUAGGUGUCUGGAUUGAUUCGGGGUCUAGGUCGGAGUCUAUAGAAAAUAAUGGGGUUGCCCAUUUCCUUGAACAUUUAGCCUUUAAAGGUACUAAAAAUCGUACACAACAAGACAUUGAACUCGAGAUUGAGAAUAUGGGGGCUCAUUUGAAUGCCUAUACAAGUCGUGAACAAACAGUGUAUUAUGCUAAAUCGUUUCAAGAUGAUGUUCCUAAAGUAGUGGAUAUUCUUGCAGAUAUUUUGCAAAAUUCCAAGUUUGAACCGUCAUCUAUUGAAAGGGAACGAGAUGUGAUACUUAGGGAGCAAGAGGAAGUUGAUAAGCAAACAGAAGAGGUUGUUUUUGAUCAUUUACAUGCAACAGCAUAUCAAGGACAUCCAUUGGGAUGUACUAUUCUUGGUCCAAAAGAGAAUAUUCUUUCAAUAAAACAUGAGCAUCUUGUUUCUUAUAUUAAUGAAAAUUAUACAGCAGAUCGUAUGGUUUUGGUUGGAGCAGGAGGUGUUUCGCACGAACAACUUGUGGAAUUGGCGGAGAAAUACUUUUCUAAUCUCCCAGUUUCACCGAAUCCGCUUGAUAUUGGAUCAUCACGAGGUGUAGCGCCUAAAUUUACAGGAUCAGAAGUAAGAAUUAGAGAUGAUACCUCACCAACUGCAAAUAUUGCUAUUGCAGUUGAGGGUGUUUCUUGGAAGCAUCCUGAUUAUUGGGUAAUGUUAGUAAUGCAGGCAAUAGUAGGUAAUUGGGACCGUACAUUAGGUUCAGCUUCACAUCUUAGUAGUAAACUAAGUGGAAUUGUUUCAAAAUAUAAUCUUGCAAAUAAUUUUAUGUCGUUUUCAACCAGCUAUUCUGAUACAGGUCUUUGGGGUAUUUAUCUUGUCUCUGAAAAUUUAACAGGUUUGGAUGAUUUAGUCCAUUUUGCAUUAAAGGAAAGCUUUAUUUUCUAUAAUAAAUAUAUUGUUUUUAAUAUAAAUAGGAAUGGUGUCGUUUAAGUCGUUCUGUUACAAAGCCAGAAGUCGAAAGAGCGAAAGCUCAGUUAAAAGCAUGUCUUCUUUUAGGUUUAGACGGAACUACUGCUGUUGCAGAAGAUAUUGGACGGCAAAUUGUUACAUGUGGUAGACGUAUGACACCGUAUGAAAUAGAUAAACAAAUUUCGAAGAUUACAGAAAAAGAUAUUCAAAGAGUAGCACAAGAUAAACUAUGGGAUGCGGAUAUUGCUAUUACUGCAAUUGGAUCCAUUGAAGGAUUACUCGAUUAUAAUCGCAUCUCUGCAAACAUGUCACUUAAUAGAUGGUAAAUGUAACAAAUU